GGCCCCACCGCUCCCCGCUGCGUCCGCGCCUUCUCUUUACAGGUUCUCUCCGCCGGCUGGGGCUCGACUGAGCUUCAGAUUCCCCCACCCGCGGUCGCCGCCGGGGGACAGGAGCCGAGGCGCGGCAGGGCACCAGCGGCGGGAGGCGAGGUUGGGGAGGCGAGGGCGGUCCGCGCGCGGGGGCGGGAGGGGGCUGGGGGAUUCGAGGGACGCGGCAGCCCCGCCCCCGCCCCCUCCUCUUCUCGCCUCCAAGCCGGAGAAGCUGGGGAGCAUGGACCAGACUCCGCAGCGCUGGCACCAUGACGCUCGCCCGCUUCGUGCUGGCCCUGGUGUUAGGGGCGCUCCCCGAAGUGGUUGGCUUUGAUUCUGUCCUCAAUGAUUCCCUCCACCACCGCCACCGCCAUUCGCCCCCUCCUGCACCGCAGUACCCCUAUUACCUUCCCACCCACCAGCGGCCCCCGAGGACACGUCCGCCGCCGCCUCUCCCUCGCUUCCCGCGCCCCCCGAGGGCGCUCCCUGCCCAGCGCCCGCACGCCCUCCAGGCCGGGCACACACCCCGGCCGCACCCCUGGGGCUGCCCCGCCGGCGAGCCAUGGGUCAGCGUGACUGACUUCGGCGCCCCGUGUCUGCGGUGGGCGGAGGUGCCACCCUUCCUGGAGCGGUCGCCCCCGGCGAACUGGGCUCAGCUGCGAGGACAGCGCCACAACUUUUGUCGGAGCCCGGACGGCACGGGCAGACCCUGGUGUUUCUACGGAGACGCCCGCGGCAAGGUGGACUGGGGCUACUGCGACUGCAGACACGGAUCAGUACGACUUCGUGGCGGCAAAAAUGAGUUUGAAGGCACAGUGGAAGUAUAUGCAAGUGGAGCUUGGGGCACUGUCUGUAGCAGCCACUGGGAUGAUUCUGAUGCAUCAGUCAUUUGUCACCAGCUGCAGCUGGGAGGAAAAGGAAUAGCAAAACAAACCCCGUUUUCUGGACUGGGCCUUAUUCCCGUUUAUUGGAGCAAUGUCCGUUGCCGAGGAGAUGAAGAAAAUAUACUGCUUUGUGAAAAAGACAUCUGGCAGGGUGGGGUGUGUCCUCAGAAGAUGGCAGCUGCCGUCACGUGUAGCUUUUCCCGUGGCCCAGCAUUCCCCAUCAUUCGCCUUGUUGGAGGCAGCAGUGUGCAUGAAGGCCGGGUGGAGCUCUACCAUGCUGGCCAGUGGGGAACCGUCUGUGAUGACCAAUGGGAUGAUGCUGAUGCAGAAGUGAUCUGCAGGCAGCUAGGCCUCAGUGGCAUUGCCAAAGCAUGGCAUCAGGCAUAUUUUGGGGAAGGGUCUGGCCCAGUUAUGUUGGAUGAAGUACGCUGCACUGGGAAUGAGCUUUCAAUUGAGCAAUGUCCGAAGAGCUCCUGGGGAGAGCAUAACUGUGGCCAUAAAGAAGAUGCUGGAGUGUCCUGUACCCCUCUAACAGAUGGGGUCAUCAGACUUGCAGGUGGGAAAGGCAGCCAUGAGGGUCGCUUGGAGGUAUAUUACAGAGGCCAGUGGGGUACUGUCUGUGAUGAUGGCUGGACUGAGCUGAAUACUUACGUGGUUUGUCGACAGUUGGGAUUUAAAUAUGGUAAACAAGCAUCUGCCAACCAUUUUGAAGAAAGCACAGGGCCCAUAUGGUUGGAUGAUGUCAGCUGCUCAGGGAAGGAAACCAGAUUUCUUCAGUGUUCCAGGCGACAGUGGGGACAGCAUGACUGCAGCCACCGCGAAGAUGUUAGCAUUGCCUGCUACCCUGGCAGCGAGGGACACAGGCUCUCUCUGGGUUUUCCUGUCAGACUGAUGGAUGGAGAAAAUAAGAAAGAAGGACGAGUGGAAGUUUUUAUCAAUGGCCAGUGGGGAACAAUCUGUGAUGAUGGAUGGACUGAUAAGGAUGCAGCUGUGAUCUGUCGUCAACUUGGCUAUAAGGGUCCUGCCAGAGCAAGAACCAUGGCUUAUUUUGGAGAAGGAAAAGGACCCAUCCAUGUGGAUAAUGUGAAGUGCACAGGAAAUGAGAGGUCCUUGGCUGACUGUAUCAAGCAAGAUAUUGGAAGACACAACUGCCGCCACAGUGAAGAUGCAGGAGUUAUUUGUGAUUAUUUUGGCAAGAAGGCCUCAGGUAACAGUAAUAAAGAGUCCCUCUCAUCUGUUUGUGGCUUGAGAUUACUGCACCGUCGGCAGAAGCGGAUCAUUGGCGGGAAAAAUUCUUUAAGGGGUGGUUGGCCUUGGCAGGUUUCCCUCCGGCUGAAGUCAUCCCAUGGAGAUGGCAGGCUCCUCUGCGGGGCUACGCUCCUGAGUAGCUGCUGGGUCCUUACAGCAGCACAUUGUUUCAAGAGGUAUGGCAACAGCACUAGGAACUAUGCUGUUAGGGUUGGCGAUUACCAUACUCUGGUACCAGAGGAGUUUGAGGAAGAAAUUGGAGUUCAACAGAUUGUGAUUCAUCGAGAGUAUCGACCUGACAGCAGUGAUUAUGACAUAGCCCUGGUUAGAUUACAAGGACCAGAAGAGCAGUGUGCCAGAUUCAGCAGCCACGUUUUGCCAGCCUGUUUACCAUUCUGGAGAGAGAGGCCACAGAAAACAGCAUCCAACUGUUACAUAACAGGAUGGGGUGACACAGGACGAGCCUAUUCAAGAACACUACAACAAGCAGCCAUUCCCUUACUUCCUAAGAGGUUUUGUGAAGAACGUUAUAAGGGUCGGUUUACAGGGAGAAUGCUCUGUGCUGGAAACCUCCAUGAACACAAACGCGUGGACAGCUGCCAGGGAGACAGCGGAGGACCACUCAUGUGUGAACGGCCCGGAGAGAGCUGGGCGGUGUAUGGGGUGACCUCCUGGGGGUAUGGCUGUGGAGUCAAGGAUUCUCCUGGUGUUUAUACCAAAGUCUCAGCCUUUGUACCUUGGAUAAAAAGUGUCACCAAACUGUAAUUCUUCAUGGAAACUUCAAAGCAGCAUUUAAACAGAUGGAAAACUUUGAAUCCCCACUAUUAGCACUCAGCAGAGAUGACAACAAAUGGGGAGAUCCACGUUUUUGCUUUGGGUUGUGGUAAAAAAUUGUGCACCCCCUGUUGCUUUUGAGAAUUUGUGAACAUUUUCAGAGACCUCAGUGUAGUGGAAGUGACAAUCCUUAAAUGAACUUUGUUGUCUAUCCUAAUUUCACUGGAGUGACUUAUUCUAAGCUUAAUCUAUCCUUAUUUCUCAGAAUCAUUCUACGCUGAUUUCACAAAAGAUCAUUUUUACAACUGAAUUGAGAACCCCUUAUAAGUUAAUCAGUGGUGUCUGAAUUCAUAUUAAAUACCCACAUUUGACAUAAAUGCGGUACCCUUUACUACACUCGUAAGAGUAGCAUAUUUAUGCUUAGAGCUUUUCAAAAUACUUGACAAGAAAUCAUCUUCUCUGUAGCCUUUGCCAAGUGAGGAAAUCAAUGGUUAAGGAAUUCCACUACCAACUUUUAGGCCUGAAUAGGAGUAGUAAGCCUCAAGGACAUUUGCCUGUCACAAUAUAUUCUCAAAGUGAUCUGAUAUUUGGAAACAGGUAUCCUUGUUGAGUACCAAGUGCUUCAGAAACCAUAAGAUAAAAAUACUUUACCUACAGUGUAUAUAAACUAGCAAGAUUUGAAAGGAUUUCUGGUAACAAAAUGCCAGUUGGACAUACAACCUAGUUUAUCCAACACAUUUAACAUAUCUACUAUAUUUGCUUUUAACAAGCACUUCAGAUUUAACUUAGAAUUAAAUGUUAACUCUUCCUUAGUUAGCAUCAUAGUCCACGUUCCCCGACCAUGAUGUAAGAGUGCCACCUACUGACACUUCCCUGUAACUGACUUAUACUUGCAGGUUUCCCCAAGACCAACCUGAUACAAUUCAAUCUUAAAAUAUGCUAGUCAAAAUGCUUUCCUGGCCUAUACAUUGAAAAGUUCUAAUAUCUUUUCAAUUGUUUUAAUGCAUACAGCAGUUAUAACAUAUGCCAGGCACCGCAUUAGGCAGCUUUGAACAUCACUGACAAGUUGCAAAAGGCCAGUAGGAUCUUUCAGUAGCAGCCCUUGUUUUCAAAUAGGGGAAAACAGGCUUGCCUCAAAGUGAGUCGUUGGUGAAACACUGAUUCCAAACUCCACAAAAAGGAGUCCCAAUGCUGGAUUUUUCCCCCAUGGUUCUCCCACCUGAAGGACUGGUUUCUCUGUGGCUAUUUCUCUGAGUUAAGGGAUAGCUGCUUAACUAUGCACCUUUACAGAACAUUCUUAGCAGUAAUGCUCAAAUUUAAAAGGCACACUCAAGAUACUUCAAUGUCAUAGAUCCUUCCCCAGGUCCCAAGUUGUAUAAAUAUAGGUAAAAGGUUAGCAUGAACUUUCGGAUGGUUUUAAGUAAUCCUCUUGAAUGCCAGUCAUUAAAGGACUUUACCCUUCUACAUCAAAUUACAUCCUUUUCACAAAUGCCCAUUUCUGUAAUAACUGGUGCAAAUCUAAAGGUGCUUUAUAGUUUUACUAUUUUGCAGAUUUGAAAUGCUGCAUAUAAUGCAGAAGAGCAUUAAAAACUUUUGUAAAAACUCAUGAUUUUGAUAAACUUUUAAAGCAGCGUUUAUAUGUAAAUAGAGCUACAUAUGGCACACACACUUGCACAAGGGCUUCAGAAAAACGUGCAAUAUAGGUGAGAAAAAUGUCUAUUGAAACUUUCUCACAGGCUGCCCUUAUAAUUAAACUACAGUGCUGGAGCAAGCAACAUCAAUGUUUCAAGUAGAUCAGGGACCGACAAACCUAAAAGGCAGUAAACAGCCUGCAAUUUGCUCAAUUCUGAAGAAUACAUGGUUCAUACAACAUGCUUUUACUAUAACCGUCUUGUGACUUGAAAGAUACACGUGUUCUGUGCAUAUCUGUGUAAAUAAAGUACAUAAUUUUUCACCUU